AUGUUAUUACAAGCACAACAGGUAUCGCCUAGAUCCAAAACCUUGAAAACCACGCUACUCGCCUCCUCAGUAGCGCUAUGUUUCCUUCUAUAUCAGGCAUGGAACCACCAGGACCGAAUCGCCGACGAACUGGCUGAGCAUCUCCAUAUACCUGCAGGAUACGGCCUAGGCCUCGGGGAACGCCCAGAGCAGCCAGCUGAAGAAGUGCAACCCCUGGCCGACGAGGGCAUUCCAAAAAGGAUAUGGUACAAGCUCGGGCCGAAAGGCAAAAGCCAGGACAUUGAAGAGUGGACACAGACUUGCAUCAAACAGAAUCCCACAUACAGAUAUGAGUUCUUCUCAGAUCCUUCGGCCGACUAUUGGGUGGAAAAGACUUUCUCAGCAUCACGCCCGGAUAUCGUUGAGGCAUAUCUCAGUCUCACUGUUCCAAUCCUCAAAGCGGACCUUCUAAGAUACCUCCUCUUGUACGUCGAGGGCGGUGUAUGGUCAGACCUAGACGUCUCCUGUGAGGGUUUCCCCAUUGAUGAAUGGAUCCCCGAGGAGCAUAGGAACGAGACGUCACUACUGGUCGGUUGGGAGUUUGACGCGGGAUGGGGUUUGGAUUACACCCACGAGUUUGCCAGCUGGACUAUUUUGUCUAAGCCAGGACUACCACACAUGCUGAUGGUUAUCGACGACAUCAUGGACUCGAUUCAUCAGAGCACAGCCGAGGCGAACGUCACCAUUGCCGAGCUGACAAUGGAGAUCGUCGGGGAUAUUGUCGACUAUACCGGCCCCCGGAGAAUGACACGGAGCAUACUGAAGAGCCUGGGGCAGGCUCUGGGGCGACCGAUCGAGCGCGAGAUGAUUGAAAACAUCCGAGAGCCAGUGCGGGUGCUCGAUGUCACCAUUUUGCCCGGCUAUGCAUUCGCCAACAUGACCAACAAAUUCGAUGAGGCGGAUGGCCCGAUCGGCGAGACUCUGGUUACUCAUCACUAUGCGGGCACAUGGAAGAAUGAGAACGGUGGUGAGCUGGCAAGACGCCAGCCACGAAAGAUAUAG